CAAUCCACAUUCCCCACCCACCUUUUAUUCUUUUGCUGACUCUUUCUUCUUCUUUUCUUCUUCUUUACUUCUUCAUUCAUUCAUUCAUAUCAUUUUCUCAACCUCCCUUUUUUCCUUCUCAUAUUUUGGCUCUACCCUUCACUUCUUCAGGACCUUCUCUCUGGGAUAAUUUAAUCUGAAAGAAGUUGCUUCACAUCAAUAAUGGGUUCUGGUUUUUGGUUUAAAGUAAUAGUUAGCUUAAGGAAAUCAAAAGAUCGCAGAUCAAAGAAAUCAAAGGGUACCUUAUCUCCAGAGAAGCAAAGUGCUUUGAAGUUGAACAACUAUACAGGAAAAGAGUUUAGUGGUUUGGCAAAUGGUAUCCAAAAUGAAAAUCUUGGGUCAGUUGAAACUAUUGCUGCAACAAGGAUCCAGACUGCAUUCCGAGCUUAUAAGGCAAGAAAAGCUCUACGGCGAUUGAAAGGUUUCACAAAACUGAAGAUUUUAACAGAAGGUUAUUCUGUUCAAAAGCAAGCCAGUACAACUAUAACAUACCUUCAUUCAUGGAGCAAGAUACAGGGUGCGAUUAGAGCUCGUAGAGUCUGUAUGGUGACAGAAGACAGGAUCAGGCGGAAGAAACAAGAGUCUCAACUAAAACUUGAGGAAAAGCUCCACGAUUUUGAGGUUGAAUGGUCUGGCGGUCCUGAAACCAUGGAGGAAACCCUUGGGAGGAUACAUCAGAGAGGAGAAGCAGCAGUAAAACGCGAAAGAGCCAUGGCUUAUGCCUUUUCUCAUCAGUGGAGGGCAAACUCUAGUCAGAGUCUAGGUAGUUAUGAGCUUGGCAAAGCUAGCUGGGGUUGGAGCUGGAAGGAACGCUGGAUCGCCGCUCGUCCAUGGGAAAGCCGUGUUGCUAACAUUAGCCCGAAGAAAGUUCAGAAUAAGCAGUCAUAUAAGGUUCAAAAGGAUAAAAACACAUCAACAUCUAAAACUCCAGUUUCAGUUACACCUCCUACCUCCAAUGCAAAAGGGACUCCUAAAGUGAGUACCAAAGCUAGGAGAUUGUCUUAUCCAACCACAGAAAAAGAGAAAACUGUGGUUGGAGGAGUGAAGUGAGUCCUCAGCAUGAAAAACACAGUUUUUUGAAGUAUAAAGCCGUUUGUAUAAUUCAAGUUGAGGAAAGUCAGAUUGUGUUGCAAUUGGUUGAAGGCCAUAUAAAGUCAACAUAAGAUUGCCACUUUAUUUAUUCAUUGAAUUGUUUCCUAUAUGUGCAUAUGGUGUGAUUUGUUGAUUGAUUCUGUUUUUUUUACACUUUUUGUCAAUCUUGUACAUUCAAAGAAGAGACAAAUUAAAUUGUAGAUAGACAAUAUUUUUAUAUUUUUGACUUUAUAUGUUGUAAUAGAAAAUUCCUAAGAUGUGAUCAUAUUGUUUAUUUUGUAAUGGUUUACUAUUACUAUAUGGAGAUAUUUCUGCA